GGGCUCUCGCCCACGCUACAGGAGCUGGAGGUCACGGUGCUGGACACUCGGAUGUGCAACAACAGCCGCUUCUGGAACGGUGACAUCACCCCCACCAUGAUCUGCUUCCAGGGACGUCGCAGGGGCUCAGCACCCUCCAAGGGUGACUCCGGGGGCCCCUUGGUGUGCGGGAAGCGGGCGGCGGUGGCCGGCGUGUUGUCCUUCACCAGCCCAGACCUCACCGACCCUUUGAAGCCACCAGUUGCCACCUCAGCUGUGAAGCACAAGAAAUGGAUCCAGAGAACACUGCGGAGGGGCUGCGGCUCAGCCUAG